UCCAUUCAUCCAUUUCCCAUACCCGCCUGUACGUGAACGUGAAUCUCACUUCUGCGAAACUUGGCGUUUAAUACCUUUCCCUCGACUAGGAGUAUUAAUGCGGGAAGAGCAGCUUUAGCGAGAGUUGCGACAGGGACGGAGAGUCCAAACAUGAGUGUGGAAAAUAAUAAUACGGCAGAAACAGUGUCUGAGCAAAGCGUACCCACAGGCAACAUCAUCACCAUCCACACGACUCUCGGGGACGAAGAUGAGGAUGUACACAAAUGUGGAAGAUGUCAGGGGGAGUUUACCUUUUUGGAGGCCUUCAUCCAGCAUAAGCUGCAGAAUACCUGUCAGCGCGUGCAGGAGGCGCCGCCUGACUCAGACAGCAAGGGGGAAACGCAGGAUCUCAGUCAAGUGGUCGAGCUGGCCGACAUAAACUCUAUUAAGGCAGAAGGGAUAGAAGACAGUACCAUUUUAUUAGAGAAAACAGAGAGGCUAAGGAAAACAGAUCAAGGCAAGAGCCUCUCACUUUCCUCUGUGGGACGCCGGAGAAGGAGCAGUGCAGCCAGGAAUGUUCCUUUGAGUCCUGAUGACCAGGUCCCCGACGACAGUGGAAUCACAAAGAUUGCCGUUAAAGUCAAUGAUGAAGGACGCUAUGUCUGCUACCUAUGUGAGAAGACCUUUAAAACGGCAAACAUCCUACGAACACAUUUAAGCACACACAGUGAGGAGAAGAACUUCCAUUGUAAAUUGUGUGGGAAUUCCUUCAGGACCAAGGGCUCACUGAUUCGCCACAAUCGUCGUCACACAGACGAACGUCCUUAUAGGUGUAAUCUCUGUGGACUGUCCUUCAGGGAAUCGGGGGCUUUGACAAGACACAUGAAGUCCAUCACUCCUUGCACAGAGAAGAUCCGUUUUAGCCAGUGUAGAGAGAUUCUGGUCCACAAGGAUGGCAUGCAGAAAGGGCUGGAGGAAGAGCCCUCCUACCCCGUUUCCCUUAAGGAGGAUCAGGUGCCUGUGGUUAGUGUGGUGGAGAACUCUGAAGAGACCAUUCAUGAGAUGCAGGUGCAGGAACAGCUUGAGACUGUGCAGGUAUCUGAAGGGGACAGCUUGAUCAGCCAGGCCAUAAUGAAUUCUGGGAUUGCUCUCGAGUCUGACAAGAGCCAGGACAAGUCUCCUAAGCCCCCUUUCCAGCACCAAGACCCUGAGAGCAGGAUCACAGAGAUCCAGGUCUUGGAGGAGUGUGUGGAGAUGGACUCCGAUGACACGGAUCCUGUGGAGAGCCAAAGUGACUCGCCGCCUUCAAAAGGCCACAGGUGUGUUCACUGCAAUCGGGUCUUCAAGGCUCUCAGCUACCUGCGGACACACGUCAAAGGCCAUCUCGGUUUCAAGCCAUUCCAGUGCAGCGUGUGCCAGAAGGAGUUCCUGACAGGUUACCUGCUGAAGAAGCACAUGGAGGCCCACCUGAGCGAGCGACGCUUCAAGUGUGGCGAGUGCGGCAAGCUCUACAAAACCAUCGGUCACGUGCGCGAGCACAUGAGGGCGCACUCCGACGAGCGGCCCUAUCACUGCAGCUGCUGCGACAAGGGCUACAAGACCAAGAACGCCCUCCAGGUGCACCAGCGCACCCACGGCCAGGAGAAGCCCUACGUGUGUCAGUUCUGCUCCAGGGGCUUCAGGGAGAAAGGCUCUCUGGUGCGGCAUAUACGACAUCACACCGGCGAGAAGCCCUUCAAGUGCUUCAAGUGCGGCCGCGGCUUUGCCGAGCACGGCACACUCAACCGGCACCUUCGUGCCAAAGGGGGCUGCAGUGGGGGGCUGAAGGAGUCGGAGCAGACUGUGGUCUUAGAGGAGCAGCCGUCCCCCAGUGACGUCGCUGCCACCAUCAUUUCUGAGGACCCCCACGCGGUGCUGGUGGAGUUCUCGUCGGUGGUGGCGGACACGCAGGAGUACAUCAUCGAGGCCCCGUCUGAUGUCAGCGGAGCAGAUGAAGACGUCACUCACGCCAGGAAUGAGGUGGGAAACCAUAUCAUGAAGGUUGUCCAGCAGAUCGUCAACCAGUCAAACUCAGGUCACCAGAUCAUCGUGCAGAACGUGUCCAUGGAGAACGGUGCGGCCAUCACUUCGGACUGCGGAGACACCAUCACCAUCGCCACCCCAGAGAGCUUAACGGAACAGGUGGCCAUGACUCUGGCUUCUGCGAUCAGCGAGGGCUCCAUUCUGGCCACUGGGAACACGAUGGAGGUUGAAGACAAUACUGUGACGAUGGUAGCAUCGCAAGACAUUGAAGUGAUGGGCCAAUCAGAGGAGUUUGUGAUUACGUCACCAGAGGAGGUGGAAAUACAGACUGUCAUCGUACAUGAGUGAAAUUAAGCUUUAUUCAGUAGAUGCUUCUCACAACUAUCUGUGUGAAGUUCAGUGUUUAUUUAAAAAAAA